AUGUCCCAUCCCAGAAGGAACGUGUAUGUGCCUGCAGAGACCUGGCAUGAAGUGCUGCCUGACAGGCUGUCGGGCUGGGACACACAGCUGGGUGUGUGUGUGUGUGUGUUUGGCAGGGCAAUAUACAACAAAACAUAAGUCUCAGAGUAUGAGAAGUGAUGCGUUGCACCAAAUUUAGCUGACAGCUAAUUUACAUUGCCAAUGUGUGUGCUUGUGCUUGUGUGUCUGCGUGUUUGCAUGCAUAUGCGCGGGAGUGUGCAUGAAUAUGAGCGUAUGCGUGUGUUCCCCUCUCCACCCUGUCCCGAGGCUGAGCUAACUGCACGCUGCUGUGUUGCUGUUUGAUGCUGAUGUGAGCCGUCAGUGUACAGAGGCUGUCUCCUGCUCCCCCAAAUGCCUGAACUGAACAACACAACAACAGGGAGAGGGACAGGGAUUACCAGUGGCAGGGAUAGGGAGUAGGACAGUGAUUUAAGUUAGGUCUCCUAAAGUUCGGAACCAAGAGUUUGAUAUCAGACCAUUUCUUACAUGAUUAUGUUACGUUGAUUUGUCUUGCCAUCCAGGUCUCCACUUGGUCAUUUUGUACAUACAUUGCUGUGAAAAAGUAUUUGUCCCCUUUCAAAUGUUCUUUACUUUUGCAUAUUUUUGAUACUUAAUGUUAUCAGAUCUUCAACCAAAACCUAAUAUUAGAUAAAGGGAACCUGAGUGAACAAAUAACACAAUUACAUACUUAUUUCAUUUAUUUUACAAACAAAGUUAUGCAACACCCCUUGCCCCUGUGUGAAAAAGUAAUUGCCCCCUUACACUCAAUAACUGGUUGUGCCACCUUUAGCUGCAAUGACUCCAACCAAACGCUUCUGUAGUUGUUGAUCAGUCUCUCACAUCGCUGUGGAGAAAUUCUGUCCCACUCUUCCAUGUAGAACUGCUUUAACUCAGCGACAUUUGUGGGUUUUCCAUCAUGAACUGCUCGUUUCAAGUCCUGCCACAACAUCUCAGUUGGGAUUAGGUCUGGACUUUGACUAGGCCAUUCCAAAACUUCAAAUGUGUUGCUUUUUAGCCUUUUUCAUGUAGACUUGAUUAUGUGUUUUGGAUCAUUGUCUUGCUGCAUGACCAAGCUGCGUUUCAGCUUCAGCUCACAGACAGAUGGCCUGAAAUUCUCCUGUAGAAUUAUCUGAUACAGAGCAGAAUUCAUGGUUCCUAUUAAGGCAAGUCAUCCAGGUCCUGAGGCAGCAAAGCAUCCCCAAACCAUCACACCACCACCAUCAUGUUUGACCGUUGGUAUAAGGUUUUUACUGUGAAAUGCAGUGUUUGGUUUUCGCCAGGCAUAAUGGGAACCUUGUCGUCCAUAAAGUUAUAUGUUUGACUCAUAUGUCCAUAGCACAUUCUUCCAAGAGUCUUGAUGAUCAUCCAGGUGCUUCCAGGUGCUUUUUGGCAAACUUGAGUCAACCUUUUGGACGAGAUGGGUCGCAAUAUGUCUGGUGAAAACCAAACACUGCAUUCCACAGUAAGAACCUCAUACCAAUGGUCAAGAAUGGUGGUGGUAGUGUGAUGUUUGGGGAUGCUUUGCUGCCUCAGGAUCUGGACAACUUGCCUUAAUAGAAGGACAUUGCUGCGGGGACUUUUGGACGAGAUGGCUUCCAUUCAGCCACAAGAGAAUUAGUGAGGUCGGGCACUGAUGUUGGGCGAUUAGGCCUGGCUCGCAGUCGGUGUUCCAAUUCAUCCCAAAGGUGUUCGAUGGGGUUGAGGUCAGGGCUCUGUGCAGGCCAGUCAAGUUCUUCCACACUGAUCUCGACAAACCAUUUCUGUAUGGACCUCGCUUUGUGCACAGGGGCAUUGUCAUUCUGAAACAGGAAAGGGCCUUCCCCAAACUGUUGCCACAAAGUUGGAAGCACAGAAUCGUCUAGAAUGUCAUGGUAUGCUGUAGCGUUAAGAUUUCCCUUCACUGGAACUAAGGGGCCUAGCCCGAACCAUGAAAAACAGCCCCAGACCAUUAUUCCUCCUCCACCAAACUUUACAUUUGGCACUAUGCAUUGGGACAGGUAGCGUUCUCCUGGCAUCCGCCAAACCCAGAUUCGUCUGUCGGACUGCCAGAUGGUGAAGUGUGAUUCAACGCGUUUUCACUGUUCCAGAGUCCAAUGGCGGCGAGCUUUACACCACUCCAGCCGACGCUUGGCAUUGCGCAUGGUGAUCUUAGGCCUGUGUGCGGCAGCUCGGCUAUGGAAACCCAUUUCAUGAAGCUCCCGACUAACAGUUCUUGUGCUGACGUUGCUUCCAGAGGCAAUUUGGAACUCGGUAGUGAGUGUUGCAACCGAGGACAGACAAUUUGUACGCACUACGCGCUUCAGCACUCGGUGGUCCCGUUCUGUGAGCUUGUGUGGCCUACCACUUCGCGGCUGAGCCGUUGUUGCUCCAAGACGUUUCCACUUCACAAUAACAGCACUUACAGUUGACCAGGGCAGCUCUAGCAGGGCAGAAAUAUGAGGAACUGACUUGUUGGAAAGGUGGCAUCCUAUGAUGGUGCCACGUUGAAAGUCACUGAGCUCUUCAGUAAGGCCAUUCUACUGCCAAUGUUUGUCUAUGGCGAUUGCAUGGCUGUGUCCUCGAUUUUAUACACCUGUCAGCAACGGGUGUGGCUGAAAUAGCCAAAUCCACUAAUUUGAAGCAGUGUCCACAAACGUUUGUAUAUAUAGUGUAUGUGACAUGAUGUUAGGAUAUUCUAUUGAACAUGACUGCAGCACUGUAGAUGACUCACUUUAACCCCUCUGUCUUCAUGAAAAGCACCUCUGAGUCUUGUUAUAGCCCUGUUAUAGCCCUGUAUAUUAACCAUGUUAAUGUAACAUCGUACUUGUACAUUAUGUAAGUUUAAGCCUAGAUGACUAAUAGAGUAAGCAGAGUUUAUUAAGCAGCUACUGUAUAUGAGGCAUCACAGGCUAGCCAUGGCACACAAGGGCACAAUUGGCUGUGCUGGACCUGUAAUGUCUGCUACAUUUUUGGUAUUUUUAUUUAACCUUUAUUUAAGCAGGGAGUCAUGCUGAGACCACGGUCUCUUUCGCAGAUGAGCCCUGCAUGAAAACAUCGAAAAACAACAAUUACACAAUACAUAUUGUAUCUAUAUACACAUCAAUUACACAAUACAUAUUGUAUCUAUAUACACAUCAAUUACACAAUACAUGAAAAGCAAAUACAAAACACGAAAAGCAAAACAGUCAUAUGAAGCAAACACAUUCUUCAGUUAAAAAGCCCACAUUCAGUAAAAAUACACACAUUCUCCGACCUCCCCCCAGCACUGUGACCUGGAUGCUAGCUCCAGACACUCCCAAAAUAUGUCACGCUCUUUGAAUCGCUGAUUUCGUUGAGGGACGUGUACCCUCCACGGACAGAUGUGCUGCAGUCAUCGGAACAAAGAAGAGCUGAGUGGGGCGACCCAGGUUUUAUUUUAAGCUGCAGCACAGUAUGCUGCGAAACACAACAAACACUUGUGGUCAAUGUGGAGUCAAAGGCAAUGGCAGGGCAGAGAAGUAAAAAAAACAAAAGAAACUAAGAGAAGUAAUCCCUUUUAAGUUGCAAAUCUGUGCAGGGAUGAAUUGAACAUGUCUGGUUGGACAGGAUGUGAUUUGUCAUAGAGGGAGAACACUGUCAGGACAGCGAGUUGGAAGUUUGGGAUUGGGGCUAAGCCUAAAUGCUCUUUAGGGGGAUUUAGUGGUGGUCUUGGCUGCCCUGUCUUUUAGCUGUGCUUUAGCCCUGACAUAGCCCUGCCAUAGCCCUGCCCUAUAGCCUUCCCUGCCGUAGUCCCACAACCUGGGACAUUGCUGGGACAUGCCUACUGGCACUCCAUAACCACCACCAACCCCCCUUCCCACACACACUCCCCAGACUCCCCCUGCAAAUGUUCAGCUUGUGUUUAUUCUGCUGUGUCAUGUAAGGGUAGCAGUAUGUUAUGGGCCAUUUGUGCCUGGAGAGGUGAAGUAAGGCCUGCUAGCCAAUUAUGAUUUCAAUAGCUCAGUUGGUUCCAGCAUGGUGCUUGCAAUACCAGAGUUGUGGGUUUGAUACAUUUUAACUGUAUCUCUUUGGAUAAAGGUGUACUAAGUUAUCGCUAGUCCUUAUGCUCUGCCACUAUGUGUCGCUGCAAUCCUACUCUCACUGUCUUGACUCACUCAGACACCAGGUAUCUUAGUGGGUAAGAGCAUUGUGCCAGUAACCGAAAGGUCGCUGGUUCUAAUCCCCGAGCCGACUAGGUGAAAAAUCUGUUGAUGUGCCCUUAAGCAAGGCACUUAACCCUAAUUGCUCAUGUAAGUCGCUCUGGAUAAGAGCGUCUGCUAAAUAAUAUAAUUUUUUUUUAUUUUAUUUUUUUAUUUAAGUUGUUCUUACUAAACCUUAAGGAUCUCUGUAUACUUUGUUCAAAAAACAGAAAAUGUAGCUAAAUUGUUUGAAAUCAUAAAUACUGAUUAGUGUUUGACAAGUAACACUGCCAAACCAAAAGGCUUUUCAAGACCUUGGCUUGGAUGUAGUGUAGUUGAAUAAAUUCUCCAGCAAAUACUAUGAAAGAUCAGCGUGAUCAACAGAUUGCCCAUCAAUGAGAUUAUACCUUCUAAACUUCUACAUCACGAAGUGAGGCACAUACAGUGGGGAAAAAAAGUAUUUAGUCAGCCACCAAUUGUGCAAGUUCUCCCACUUAAAAAGAUGAGAGAGGCCUGUAAUUUUCAUCAUAGGUACACGUCAACUAUGACAGACAAAUUGAGAAAAAAAAUCCAGAAAAUCACAUUGUAGGAUUUUUAAUGAAGUUUAUUUGCAAAUUAUGGUGGAAAAUAAGUAUUUGGUCAAUAACAAAAGUUUCUCAAUACUUUGUUAUAUACCCUUUGUUGGCAAUGACACAGGUCAAACGUUUUCUGUAAGUCUUCACAAGGUUUUCACACACUGUUGCUGGUAUUUUGGCCCAUUCCUCCAUGCAGAUCUCCUCUAGAGCAGUGAUGUUUUGGGGCUGUCGCUGGGCAACACGGACUUUCAACUCCCUCCAAAGAUUUUCUAUGGGGUUGAGAUCUGGAGACUGGCUAGGCCACUCCAGGACCUUGAAAUGCUUCUUACGAAGCCACUCCUUCGUUGCCCGGGCGGUGUGUUUGGGAUCAUUGUCAUGCUGAAAGACCCAGCCACAUUUCAUCUUCAAUGCCCUUGCUGAUGGAAGGAGGUUUUCACUCAAAAUCUCACGAUACAUGGCCCCAUUCAUUCUUUCCUUUACACGGAUCAGUCGUCCUGGUCCCUUUGCAGAAAAACAGCCCCAAAGCAUGAUGUUUCCACCCCCAUGCUUCACAGUAGGUAUGGUGUUCUUUGGAUGCAACUCAGCAUUCUCUGUCCUCCAAACACGACGAGUUGAGUUUUUACCAAAAAGUUCUAUUUUGGUUUCAUCUGACCAUAUGACAUUCUCCCAAUCCUCUUCUGGAUCAUCCAAAUGCACUCUAGCAAACUUCAGACGGGCCUGGACAUGUACUGGCUUAAGCAGGGGGACACGUCUGGCACUGCAGGAUUUGAGUCCCUGGCGGCGUAGUGUGUUACUGAUGGUAGGCUUUGUUACUUUGGUCCCAGCUCUCUGCAGGUCAUUCACUAGGUCCCCCCGUGUGGUUCUGGGAUUUUUGCUCACCGUUCUUGUGAUCAUUUUGACCCCACGGGGUGAGAUCUUGCGUGGAGCCCCAGAUCGAGGGAGAUUAUCAGUGGUCUUGUAUGUCUUCCAUUUCCUAAUAAUUGCUCCCACAGUUGAUUUCUUCAAACCAAGCUGCUUACCUAUUGCAGAUUCAGUCUUCCCAGCCUGGUGCAGGUCUACAAUGUUGGUUCUGGUGUCCUUUGACAGCUCUUUGGUCUUGGCCAUAGUGGAGUUUGGAGUGUGACUGUUUGAGGUUGUGGACAGGUGUCUUUUAUACUGAUAACAAGUUCAAACAGGUGCCAUUAAUACAGGUAACGAGUGGAGGACAGAGGAGCCUCUUAAAGAAGAAGUUACAGGUCUGUGAGAGCCAGAAAUCUUGCUUGUUUGUAGGUGACCAAAUACUUAUUUUCCACCAUAAUUUGCAAAUAAAUUCAUUAAAAAUCCUACAAUGUGAUUUUCUGGAUUUUUUUUUCUCAAUUUGUCUGUCAUAGUUGACGUGUACCUAUGAUGAAAAUUACAGGCCUCUCUCAUCUUUUUAAGUGGGAGAACUUGCACAAUUGGUGGCUGACUAAAUACUUUUCUUCCCCACUGUAUCUCUUAUUGUGAGCCUUUGAGGACAGUCUAUGAAUGACUCACAUUAGCAUUCAAAGAACAGUGCUAUUCAAUCAGCCAGGACUGCAAAAAUCUGACCUUUUCAUCAACCUGGAACUGCGACAUUGAAAAUGUACUGUAGCUUAGUUGUUUUGCUACCAUUGACGGUUGGUGUUUGAAGAAAGCAGUUGCCACCCAAUAGGAAUGGUGCUUACAAACGUGUCUUUAAAGGAAACUCAGUCAGCGCUUAUUGCCAAUGUACUGUAAUACUGGGUUUAACUUAGCUUACUUGUCUCUUAGAAACAGACACAAAAAGGGCCAAUGUCAAUGAAGGCAGCACAAAGCAAUUUCAACACCAAUUCAGGCAAACAAACAAAGUACAAAUACACAAACAUGUUGUUGUUUUUUCAACUGGGAGAACAGUCACGUUUUAGGCUUCACAACAAAUCCCCCUGGUUGCGGCUGUGGGUGUACUCUACUAGCUGUCUCAAGGAAAGAUGUCAGUUUGACAUGAGAGAAUCCUCUCUUUGACAUCUUAGACCCAAAGUCCAAUGCUGACUGGAUUGUUCCUCUCUACUUGUCUUUGUUUGUUUCUCUUUCUCUCUCUUUCUCUCUCUAUGCCCCUCCUCUGUCCAUGUAUCUCUCUCUAUCUCCUCUCUCUCCUAUGUGUCUCUGUCUUUUCUUCUCUCUCUCUCUCUCUCUCUCUCUUCCUGUCUUGGCUCCUGAAGUCUCCGACCAAAUGGUACAUGAAACUGGUGCCUGUAAGUCAGCUGACCAGCGCUACACUUAUAUAUCCCUCUUUCAUCUGUCCAUUUCCAUAGUGAAUGUCUCUCACCGCCAUCUCCAUAAUGUCUCCAUGGUGACUGUCCCCAUGGUAAAUGUUAUCAUUCUACAAGUGAACGUCAACAUGUGAUUGCAGUUAUUGGUGUCGCUUUUUUGUGCGGUUAACUCAGUUUCCCUCAGUUUCCCUGAAUUUGAUUUAAUAAAGAUGAUUUGUGUUACUUGGAGGUUACUGAACAUCUGAUUGAUGCAUGGUGAUGUUCUCUAUUAUAAACUUGAUAUUACAUUGUAAUGUUUUGAUGUCCGAUUAAGUAUUCCCAUGGUCUGUGUGUCGUUAGUCCCUGCAUGAUGCAAUAUCAUCAUUGUUCAUCUCCAAUGAGAGAUGCACUCCAUCGAUAUGGUAAUCUGCAUUCCCACGUGUCUGCCUCUGUCAGUGUAUUUUUUUGUCUGUCCGUGUGUGUAUGAAUCUCCCUUGUCCCAUCUCUCUACCUGCCAAGACCCAUUGUCUGUCUGUCUUUCCUGUGGUGCUCCAGGCUCGCUACAGGAAGGAGCAUGCGGUGGCCCAGCAGGUGCCCUGGAUCCCCCCUGUGGACAACCUGCUGAAGGACACCACUGACGGCUGCGCCCUGGCCACUCUGCUGCACUUCUACUGCCCACAGCUAGUCAGACUGGAAGGUACACUAACUAGACAGUACUAAACUGUAUUCUGACCGUGGGGAUGGGGGGGGGGUGUGUGUGGUGUGUGUGUCUGUGGUUCCCUAUCAACACAUUACCCUAUCGAGAGUGGGUGGCAGGUAGCUUAGUGGUUAAGAGCGUUGUGCCAGUAACCGAAAGGUCACUGGUUCUAAUCCCCGAGCCGACUAGGUGAAAAAUCUGUCGAUGUGCCCUUGAGCAAGGCACUUAACCCUAAUUGCUCCUGUAAGUCGCUCUGGAUAAGAGCGUCUGCUAAAUGACCAAUGUAUGUAUGUAUGAGAGGCCUAUAGCUGUCUGAGUUAUUCCAUCACUUAGUCUGGAGGUGUUAAGGGCUCUCCCCUGGCUAGCCUUUCAUGUCCCAGGAGGAGUGAGUGAGCCAUCAGCCAUCCAUUAGUGAUGAACAUCAAACCUCAUAAUCAACUCACCUUUAAUCUCAUCAACCCACUGAUGAAGUGGAUGGGAUCUGAUAUGGACACACACACGGCUCAGUACCCCAAACUCAGAGUAAUGAUUGAUUUAAAGGCACUCCAUAAGAUUCUGUUUUCGCAUCAAAAUGUCUUGAGUACCUUCUGGAAAACAUACAGUAUCCUGAUCCCUGAUUGGUCAAUCCCAGAUAAAAAGGGACAAAUACCUUACAAAUACCUCCAGCCGCCUUACUCCUAAUGGACAUUCACUUCCUGAUUCACUUCCAAGGGAUUUGUGCAGCACUUGUCUCUCAGACCCCCUUUAACCACCUUAGCCAAUGAUGUGUCCUUGUGGCCUGUCCCUGUCAGAUAUCUGCCUUAAGGAGAGCAUGUCGCUGGUGGACAGCCUGUACAACCUUCAGCUGGUGCAGGAGUUCUGUCAGGAGCACCUCAACCGCUGCUGCCACUUCAGUCUGGAGGACAUGGUCUACGCCUCCUCUUCAGUCAAAGUAAGUCCACAAGGCAAAGUUACGGCUUUUAAGUGUGUUUUGAAAGAAUCUCUGAGGUACACAUUUUUAUAUUUUUCACACUAUUGUGUCUAUACCAUACAGUGUUGGCUGGGAUAUUUCCUUUUCACGUGGUCCUUUCCCGCACCGUUCCAGCAACUAGGUUGCAUGUGUAACCACGCCAGCGCAGUACAGCGCAGCAUGGCUUGGCUCAGCUCAGUAGUGUGAAAAGGGUAUUACUGCACUGGCGUGGUUACAGCCAACUCGGUUUGAAUUGUUGAUUUUUAAAGGGCAGCAAAAGUUCUAAGACAUUUUGCAAAGAAAAUAAUCAAUUUGGAAGGAAGAUAGUCCAAAGAGCUAAGGACAAUGGGUAAAACUAGGCAGAAGUAUUGGCAGCUACAGUGUGUGCAGCAUUGCCAGAGUUGGUGAGUCGUGUAUAUUCAUAUUAUGUAAUACAGCUGGAGAAAGCCUGGUGGAAAAUGGGAUCUGUCUUAAAUAGGUCCUGUAAACUCUCUGUCCUCACAAACCACAGUAUCUGGUUUGUUUGAGCUAGAUGUGUGUCUGUUUUGUCUGUCCCUCUCUUUUGUCUGUAUUGCCUUCCCUACUUCUCUCUAUUUCCUCUCUCCUCUCUCCUUCUUUCCUCUCAUUAUAUACCUUUCUCUCAUCUCUCUCUUCUGCGCUUUUCUCUCUCUCUCUUUAUUUCUUUCUCUCCUCUCUUUUUCAAUUUUUCACUGGAAGCUAUUAUAUAGGUAUGUAUUGUAUUCAUGUACAGUAUGGAUGAACACAUAACACUUGGCUUGUGUCUUUGUGUUGGCUCCCAGGCUGUGAAUAGUGGGUGUUGGUCACGUGUGUUGUUGCCAAUGUAUUGGGACAGUCAUAGAAACUGGUGGGAAACAAACAGCUCUGCAUUCCCCAUUUUCUCUAUUCUUGUACAGUAUGGUCUCACAAGUACUGUACUGAAAAAUGGUAUGUGUUGCUUUUUGUGGCAGAGAAGUGUCAUAAUGGAGGAAAGGUGAGUUGGGGGUGAGUUCAAAUGUGGUUGUGAGUGUGUGUGUGUGUGUUGUGUGUGUGUGUGCCUUGAGUGCUGCAAACAACAGUGUACCACUGGCCCUGUCUGGGUGUUGAGUAUUGGAGUCUACCCAGCUGUCAGUUGUGCUGGUCCUUUCGGUGGAGAAGUGUUGCUAGUAGCUGUUAAAGCACACAGUUCACAAGGUGGGUGAAUAGUAGUGAGCUGGAAUCAGCUGUGUCUGACACGUCCCUUUAAGCAACCCCAGACACAAUGGCAGAUCCUGAAUAAGUCACUUCACAGAAGGCUUGGAAAGGAGUUGGUUCAGGCUGCGGGCCAGGUAAAACAGAGCCCUUGGGCUGAAGAGGCAAAAAAGUCCUACUGCAUCUAUCAUGACACUAACAUUGGGCUAAUGCUAGCCACAAUAGAAAUAUAAUUACUAGAACUACAUUCCCAUUGAAGUCAAUGUUCUGUGAUAGGUGGACCAGCGGCCAUAUUGAGUGUACCCAUGAGUGUUCCAGUCAAAUUGCUGUAGUCUGAGAGGCUUGUCCCUUCUAGUAAUUAUAUUUCUAUGGCCACAACAACCUGUAUACUAGCCACUGACAAAAGCCAUAGAUAUGCACUUCAUUUGAACCUCUUCUUGGGAGUUUGAGCUUCUAGUUGCUAUUUCUGUGCAGCUUGUGUGACCCCAAAAUCUCACACUCACCCAGCCCAAACCUCUUACUUUUAUGAGCGAGAGAGAGAGAGAGAGAGAGAGAGAGAGAGAGAGAGAGAGAGAGAUCAUAUCAUUUAUGGACAUGGGGGACCUGAGACUAUGAAUACGGCCUCAGACACACAGGUCUCUGGUCUAAUCAGCCCCUUGGCUAAUGUGAAGUGAUUAAUGACAUCAUAGCCCAUGGUAGCCAAGGCACCCACUGAGGACUGAGGGGGGCGGGGUUGCCAGUGUGGUCCCUACUAAACAGAUUAUCAAUUUCCCCGCUUUAGCGUCAGCUUUGUUUGCAGUCAGCACCAAUGAGCUCUCAUCUCAGACAUGGAGUGACACGCUGCAAUCUCCAAACUUGGCAACCCGCCAGAGAACAGUAAGUGACAGUAAAAUCGGACAAUCUGGCAACUGGGCAAGGUAAUAUCAGGCGACAGGGUUGCAGUGUUGUGAGUAGGAGAAAAUCGGGGGCAGAACAGAAUGGAUGUUUGACUGGCGGGGGUGUUAGGAGAGAUAACGCUCCCAAUCUAAUGUGAGAGGAAGCAGGUAGACAGACAGAUGGAGGGAGAGGACAGGCUUUUGCCAUCUGGGCUAUGCGAGACCAUUUCUCUUUCUCUUUUAUUUAUCGUUUCUCUAUCGGACUGGGACUGGGAGGACCCCACUCAUGCUGCAGCUGAACAGACCUAGGGGUAGGCUACUGUAGCUCACUGCAAUAGAAAUUGUAGCCUGGUACCAGAUCUGUUUGUGCUGUCUUGCAAUCUGGUGUUGGUGAGACAGGAGUUGGCAAAACAACAUUACCAGAUUUGUAACCAGGCUAUAAAAAUGGUUGUUGUGAUUGUUUGCUAUACUGUAUGUUAUAGUGUUGGAGUGAUAGGAUUAAAGAUUGCUAUAGUUAUUUUGAUAAUUUACUGUAGUUCAGUUGCUACAGAGUUUGACAUUGGAUAAUUGUGUGUUUGUCAGUGUUCUGGCUGGAUGGUCGUUUGUCAGUGUUUUGGCAACUGUAUAGUCUGUCAUGACAGAAGAAAACAUUAAAAUGUCUGUUAUGACAUAACACCCUGGAAUAUGAGCAAAGAUGAUUCCUGUGCGCUGGUUUUGCGUCACUGUAUAUUUGGAUUGCAGAGAUUAUUGGCUUUGUAACAAUAGAAUGGGCUGUGCUCUGGUGGGGCGGCAGGUAGCUUAGUGGGUAAGAGCGUUGUGCCAGUAACCGAAAGGUCGCUGGUUCUAAUCCCCGAGCCGACUAGGUGAAAAAUCUGUCGAUGUGCCCCUGAGCAAGGCACUUAACCCUAAUUGCUCCUGUAAGUCGCUCUGGAUAAGAGCGUCUGCUAAAUGACUAAAAUGUAAAUGUAAAUGUAUAUGGACACAUGCUAUCUCAGGGAGCUAUACUCUGCAUGACCAAAAACUGCUCACGGUACCAAUCAUUUAAAAUGCAGCGUAGUCACUUUGGGGAGUCACCUCUAGUUAGCUGCUUCUGCUGUCUUGACAUACUGUUAAAUGGCUGAGGGUAAAUAUUGCUGAAGGGGUGAAUCUCUCACACACACACUCGCACACAUGCACUCACACACACACAAACGCACACACAUGCGCACACACACAUACAUGCGCACGCACACACACUGCUUUUGCACUGAGUAAGGGAAUGUUCCUUUUGUCUGAAAUUGUGUUGCUGACCUGAUGAACACCGCAGAUACUCAAGGUCAUAUCGGAACACGUGUGUGUGCAAGCCUCCUUGGGGAACCCUGGGUCAUGUUCAUUAGGGCAAACCGUCGCAAAACGUUUAGCAACUGAAAAUGGAAAUAAGCGUUUAUUAUUGGACAAGUCAAGGUAGUCCCUCCCUGUUGCAGUGUGUUUUCUUCUAUUUGGUGGCUAUGAACAUGACUUUGGGCUAAGUGUCAGUGGGUGAGGAUGGUAACAAAGGAAUAACAAUAACACACCAUGACUGGUCAUGAGGAUGUGGCCAUCGUUUAUUUUCCAAUCUAUCUAUGUCAAGGGUUCUGAUGCGAAUGUGGUGUGGAAUCAAGUGCAGGACACAGGAGCUCAGUCAAACUUGACUUUACUGGAAAGGCACAAAAUGAACGGGUCAAACUAACCCGGAGGCGAACAAUACGCAACAGUGCGUAAAAUACAAAAACCGACUACGCACGAACAAAAGUGCGACGGUAAUAACUAGCGUCUGUCCAAACAACAGUAGAACACCAACAGACAGGAAAAACAAUUACACACAACACAUGACAGAAACAACGAGAACUUAUAGGACACAUAAUCAACACUAAACAUGAACAGGUGUACUAAACAGACCAAACCAAUCAAACAUCGAAAACAAAGAACGGUGGCAGCUAGUACUCCGGAGACGACGACCACCGAAGCCUGCCCGAACAAGGAGGAGGAGCAGCCUCACCCCCCCUUGACGCGCGCGUGCGCUGACCCUGGCCUCGAGGAUGACCAGGAGGACGCGGAGCAGGGCGCGUGGGAUGACCACGAUGGAACUCAGUCAGAAGAGACGGGUCUAAGAUGUCCCUCCUCGGCACCCAGCACCGCUCCUCCGGACCGUACCCCUCCCACUCCACGAGAUAUUGGAGACCCGCCAUCCGACGUCUCGAAUCCAAGAUGGACCGCACGGUGUACGCCGGUGCCCCCUCGAUGUCUAAUGGGGGCGGAGGAGUCUCUCUGAUCUCAUCUUCCUGGAGUGGACCAGCUACCACCGGCCUGAGAAGAGACACAUGGAACGAGGGGUUAAUAUUCUUAUACUCAAUAGGCAGUUGUAAUCUGUAACACACCUCGUUCAAUCUUCUCAGGACUUUAAACGGCCCCACAAACCGCCGACCCAGCUUCCGGCAGGGCAGGCGGAGGGGCAGGUUUCUGGUAGAGAGCCAGACUCGAUCACCAGGUGCGUACACCGGCCCCUCACUGCGGUGGAGAUCGGCGCUCGCCUUUUGACGACGGAUGGCCCGCUGCAGAUGGACGUGUGCAGCGUUCCACGUCUCCUCCGAGCGCCGCACCCACUCAUCCACCGCAGGAGCCUCGAUCUGGCUCUGCUGCCAUGGUGCCAGAACCGGCUGGUAACCUAACACACAUUGGAAAGGGGUUAGGUUAGUUGAGGAGUGGCGUAGGGAAUUCUGGGCCAUUUCUGCCCAAGGAACAUACCGUGCCCACUCCUCCGGCCGGCCCUGGCAGUAUGAUCUAAGAAACCUACCCACAUCCUGGUUCACGCGUUCCACCUGCCCAUUACUCUCAGGAUGGUAACCCGAGGUAAGGCUCACCGAGACCCCCAAACGCUCCAUAAAUGCUCUCCAGACUCUGGAGGUGAACUGGGGACCUCGAUCAGACACAAUAUCCUCGGGUACCCCGUAGUGCCAGAAAACGUGGGUGAAUAGCGCUUCGGUGGUCUGUAGGGCAGGCCUUAGAGAACCGGUCCACAACGACCAGUAUAGUGGUAUUCCCCUGCAAGGGGGGAAGGUCAGUGAUGAAGUCCACCGAGAGGUGAGACCAUGGUCGUUGUGGAACGGGCAGGGGUUGUAACUUACCCCUAGGCAGAUGUCUAGGCGCCUUACACUGGGCGCACACCGAGCAGGAGGAGACAUAAACCCUCACAUCCCUGGCUAACGUGGGCCACCAGUACUUAGCACUAAGACAGUGCCCUGUCCGGCCAAUACCAGGAUGUCCAGAGGAGGGUGACGUGUGAGCCCAAUAAAUGAGUCGAUCCCGAACCUCGAGCGGAACGUACGUCCGACCCACAGGACACUGUGGAGGGCUAGGGUCGGUACGCAAUGCCCGCUCGAGUUCAGCAUCGACCUCCCACACAACCGGUGCCACUAGACAAGACUCCGGUAGUAUGGAAGUGGGCUCAACGGACCUCUCCUCUGUAUCAUACCGCCGGGACAGGGCGUCUGCCUUACCGUUCUGGGACCCAGGGAUGUACGUGAUUUUAAAUACGAACCUGGCUAGAAACAUGUUCCACCAAGCCUGGCGAGGGUUCAGUCUCCUAGCUGCCCGGAUGUACUCCAGGUUCCGAUGGUCAGUCAAAAUGAGGAAAGGGUGUUGAGCCCCCUCAAGCCAAUGCCUCCACACCUUUAGGGCCUGUACCACGGCUAACAGCUCCCUGUCCCCUACGUCAUAAUUUCGCUCCGCCGGGCUGAGCUUUUUAGAGUAAAAAGCACAGGGGCGGAGUUUAGGUGGCGUGCCGGACCGUUGAGAUAGAACAGCCCCUAUACCGGCCUCAGACGCGUCCACCUCUACCUGAAAUGGUAAGGCGGGAUCCGGAUGCGCCAGCACCGGGGCCGAAGUAAACAGGCCCUUCAGUUUCCCAAAAGCCCUGUCCGCCUCAGCUGACCACUGCAAGCGCACCGGACCCCCUUUCAGAAGAGACGUGAUGGGAGCUGCCACCUGUCCAAAACCCCGGAUAAACCUCCGGUAGUAAUUUGCAAAGCCCAAGAACUGCUGCACCUCUUUAACAGUGGUUGGGGUUUGCCAAUUACGCACGGCUGACACACGGUCCACCUCCAUCUUCACCCCUGACGCGGACAACCGAUAACCCAAAAAGGAGACCGACUCCUGGAAAAACAGACAUUUCUCUGCCUUGACAUACAGGUCGUGCUCCAACAGCCUCCUCAACACUCGACGCACCAGGGCUACAUGCUCGGCUCGGGUAGGAGAGUACACCAGAAUGUCAUCAAUGUACACGACCACACCUUGCCCCUGCAUGUCCCGGAAGAUCUCAUCCACGAAGGAUUGGAAGACCGAAGGAGCGUUCAUCAACCCGUAUGGCAUGACGAGAUACUCGUAAUGACCCGAGGUGGUACUAAAGGCUGUUUUCCAUUCAUCGCCCUCCCUAAUGCGCACCAAGUUAUAUGCGCUCCUGAGAUCCAGUUUUGUGAAGAAACGCGUGGAUAACUGUAUUUCACAGUAAUCUGAUUGAGACCACGGUAAUCAAUGCACGGGCGCAACCCUCCAUCCUUUUUCUUCACAAAAAAGAAGCUCGAGGACGCAGGGGAAGUGGAGGGCCGUAUGUAUCCUUGUCUCAAAGAUUCGGCUAUGUAAGUCUCCAUAGCCCUUUUCUCCUCUUGAGACAACGGAUACACGUGGCUCCGCGGGAGCGCCGCUCCUGCCUGGAGGUCUAUCGCACAAUCCCCCUGUCUGUGAGGAGGCAACUGCGUCGCUCUCGAUUUACUGAACACAAGUGCCAAAUCCCCAUAUUCAGGGGGAAUGUGCAUUGCGGGCACUUGGUUUGGACUUUCCACCGAGGUCGCCCCCACGGAAACACCCAGACAUCGCCCCUCACACUGAGCAGACCACUCCUUGAGAGCCCUCUGUUGCCACGAAAUGGAAGGGUUAUGGGUACUUAACCAGGGAAUUCCCAGCACCACCGGGUGCGCAGGAGAGUCGAUCAGAUAUAGCUGAAUAUUCUCCUCAUGACCCCCCUGCGUACACAUCUUAAGUGGUGCUGUGACCUCCCUAAUCAACCCCAAACCCAACGGGCGGCUAUCUAAUGCAUGAACGGGAAAUGAAGCGUCAACCGGAAGGAGGGGAAUCCCUAAAUCUAAACAAGAUUUCCGAUCAACAAAAUUCCCAGCUGCGCCUGAAUCUACUAGCGCCUUAUGCUGGGAAUGAGGUGCAACCUGUGGAAAACUUACAGGUAUACAAAAAUGUACAACAGAAAGCUCUGGGUAAGUGGGGCGUCUACUCACCUGGGAUGGCUCCCCAGUGCGUGGCCUGUUGUCCCCUCCCCCUGGAGACCCUCCCCAGCACCUGGCCGCAGUGUGCCCUCCACGGCCACAAGUGGUACAGGGGACAGCCUCCCUCGGGCUCCUUCUCCUCCUUUCUCUAGCGCCAGCACUUCCGAGCUCCAUAGGGCUCGGCUCGGAGGUGCUGGAGGAUGGAAUGGACGGACCCCACUCGGAACGUCCACGGGUGGCCAGCAGGGUGUCCAGACGGAUGGACAUGUCGACCAACUGGUCGAACGUAAGGGUGGUGUCCCUGCAAGCCAACUCACGUUGGACGACCUCCCGUAGGCUACAUCGAAAGUGAUCGAUGAUGGCCCGUUCAUUCCACCCUGCAUCUACCGCUAGAGUCCGGAACUCCAGUGCGAACUCCUGGGCGCUCCUCCUCCCCUGUCGGAGGUAGAAUAGACGCUCCCCCGCCGCUUUCCCCUCAGGUGGAUGGUCGAACACGGCCCUGAAGCGACGGGAGAACUCCGCAUAGGAGAUGGUGGUGGCGUCUAUCCUCCUUCAUUCGGCGUUGGCCCAUUCCAACGCCUUGCCGGUGAGACAGGAGAUGAGGGCGGAAACGGUCUCGUGUCCCGAGGGCACCAGGUGUACAGUGGCCAGGUAGAGCUCCACCUGCAGGAGGAACCCCUGACACCCGGCAGCUGUGCUGUCAUACGCCCUCGGGAGCGAGAGCCGAAUCCCACUGGGUUCCGGAACUUGGGCGGCCGGACUGACCGAUGGUGGUGGUGAGGUAGGUGGAGGUGUGGGUAACCCUCUGGACUCCCAUCGGUGCAAGGUGUUGAUGACGUCCUGCAGAGCGGUCCCCAUUCGCUGGAUCUGAUCAUCCUGGCUGCGGACGCGCUCCUCCAACGACUCAGGCGCUGCUGUCGCUCCUGCUGAUUCCAUAGAUGGUGUGUAAUUCUGUCAAGGGUUCUGAUGUGAAUGUGGUGUGGAAUCAAGUGCAGGACACAUGAGCUCAGUCAAACUUGACUUUACUGGAAAGGCACAAAAUGAACGGGUCAAACUAACCCGGAGGCGAACAAUACGCAACAGUGCGUAAAAUACAAAAACCGACUACGCACGAACAAAAGUGCGACGGUAAUAACUAGCGUCUGUCCAAACAACAGUAGAACACCAACAGACAGGAAAAACAAUUACACACAACACAUGACAGAAACAACGAGAACUUAUAGGACACAUAAUCAACACUAAACAUGAACAGGUGUACUAAACAGACCAAACCAAUCAAACAUCGAAAACAAAGAACGGUGGCAGCUAGUACUCCGGAGACGACGACCGCCGAAGCCUGCCCGAACAAGGAGGAGGAGCAGCCUCAGCCGAAACCGUGACAAUCUAAGUGUGUACUAGGCCUAUAUCAUAUGCCAUUUCUGGGAUUCGUUGAUUUUCAAUUUCAACAUGUAUGAUGAAGAAAAUUGUGUUUUAUCAUAAUUCGAAAGUGUCAUGAGUAAAUAUUUUUGACAGCAGCUCUUUGAAUAUAUUUAGGUCUCUGUGGAUUUUUCUCUGCCACUGUUCUUUCUGACCUGGUUUCUGACCAGGGCAUGAGUUCUAAUGGUGUAACAAUCCGAUAUAAGGAUAGCAAGGGAAAGGAAAAAAAGCUUUCCGCUCUUUGUGUACAGGUGAUCUGGCCAAACAGGUCCUUGUGGGUCAAACGUAUUAAUUGGUUCCCUAGCCCAUCUCGAGAGGAGCAGAAACUAGGCUAAUGGUUAUUUUUUCAUGCACAGGCACAUUCUAGUACCAACAGUACCACAUACCAUUAUGUAAAUGACGUAUUAACUAAAGGGAUCUGGCUGUGUACUGUAAAAUAAUGUGACCCCUUGAGAAAUGUGAAACAGCACCUCUGUUUUGAUGGUGAUUAAAGUGAUGGGGGAAACACUGUAUAAACAAGGUAAGCGAAGUGACUAAAUUAGCUCACUCUUUACUCUAACCAGUUGGAUUAUUUUUGGUCUAUGAAGGUUUUUGUUAAGAAAAUGUAAAUGUACUAACUGACUGAUCUCAAAGUAUUUGUGAUGUGCACUGACAGAUAAAAAAAAUAACUACCUUUCUGCAAGGGUUUGUCUUUUUGAAGUUAACAGAGACAUCUUGUGGAAGCUCAGGUAUACUGCAUUUGACAGUUUUGAACUGUCAUGCUUUUCUCCAAGAGUUUAUGUUGCAGUAGUCUUUUGCCUGGUGUGAAAUGUUGAUGUUGCAGUACUGUUUCUAUUAACCUCAGCCUUACCACCAUAUCCUGUCUGUUUUUGUAUUUUCCAGAAUAACUACCUUGUGUUCAUGGCCGAGCUGUUCUGGUGGUUUGAAGUGGUGAAGCCCUCCUUUGUACAACCAAGAGUUCUGGACACUGAAGGUAAGUCAGGCGAAGCAAUUUUUUGUACUUCAGAACUGUUUUGUAUUUUUGCAAACCUUCAGACAGCUCGGUUAAAUAAUUCCUGUUCUAUUUAUUGGUUUAAAAGGCCCAGUACAGUCUUUUCCUGUAUUUUAUAUCAUAUUGUACAACAGCUGAUGAAACUAACACUGUAAAACUGUGAAACAAUUUUAUCAGUGUUAUUUCCUGGUAGUUGCUGGUUGAAAAUACAAUCUACACAGGACCUUCUAAUCUAAAUUAGUUAAUAGACCAAUAACAAAGACAUUUCCAAACCUCUCUGCCAAUAACAGCUAGUUUUCAGUUUUCCCCUCCCCGCUCAGACCACUCCCAGACAGUCCUAGCAAAAUUAUUUUUUUGUUGUUGCUAAAAAAACUAUUUUUGCCCAUUUUAAUGGAAAUCUACUACAGUAAGGUACUUAACUGUUAUCCAGAAAUUAUUUGAUAAUGAUAUAAAAACAGCUGUAUUGGGCCUUUAAUGAGAGUAAAGUGUUUGUGUUUGGUUUUCAGAGCCAGCCCUUACGUCGUUAAGGAACAUGCCCUCUGUUCCCAUCUCCAAUGUCACCAAGAAGAGCUUCAUGGAGAGACCGCCCAGCCAAGAACAACCCAGGUAAUAUUUGUUAUUAAUUUAUGGUCCCGUUUGGCUCAGUUGGUACGUCAUGUUCGAUUCCCAUUGGGGGCACCCAUACGAAAAUGUAUACACACAUAUAUAUUUUAGGGUAGCAAAAGUAUUGGGACAAAUUCACUUAUUAAGUAUUUGGUCCAAUUUCAUAGCACGCAAUGACUACAUUAUAUUGUGACUCUACAAAUUUGUUGGAUGCAUUUGCUGUUGGUUUUGAUUGUGUUUCAGAAUAUUUUGUGCCCAAUAAAAAUGAAUGGAAAAUAAUGUAUUUUGUCAUUUUGGAGUCACUUUUAUUUUAAAUAAGAAUAUAAUUGUGUUUCUAAACACUUCUACAGGAAUGUGGAUGCUAUCAUAAUUACGGGUAAUCCUGAAUGAAUCGUGAAUAAUGAUGAGUGAGAAAGUUACAGAUGCACAAAUAUCAUACCCCCCCAAAAAUGCUAAUCUCCCCUGUUAUUGUAAGAAUGGCCCCUGCUAGAGCGUCACAUCUCUCUACCUCCUCUCCCUCGCGCUUUAUCAGCUCCAGUUAAUAAAGUAGCUUAAAAAUUGACUUUUCUGCUGCUUCCCUCACUCAGAUUGGACCGGGUCUGGAUCCGACAAGGUCUUUACGGAACAAGUCUAGUUGGAACGGGUCUCUAUAUUUAACAAAUGUAUUUAUGCAUAUCGGGUCUGGGUGGGAAAGCCCCAGGUCCAUUUCGGAACAGAUCCAACUUUUUGGACCUGUGAAGGACUCUAUAGUACAGUACAGAACGCCCAAUCUCUUCUGACCAUCAGGAUUAUUUUGAUGUGGUUAUCUUGGCUGUCAAAGCCAUCUGCAGGGGAUACUGAUCAGAGGUUUAGCAAACCCAUCUGGAAUGUAUUAAGUAGUCUGGGGUGGGCGCAUACUGUACAUACAGCGCUCAAGCUAUGGUGCCAAGCUUAAAAAAGACCCCAUUCCGAUCUCUCAACAGAGGUGAUAAUGUCUUGGUCAUUUCGAAACCAGUAUGUUUUCACCUUUGUAUGUGUUCAUGAUUGUCAAUUAUAUUUUAUAUAUUUUUCCUCCCUCUAGCCUGCCUCUCCGACCCCAACCUAGGAACUCAGGUAACUAGAUCACUAGAUGUUUUGGCUUCUACCAAUUGAUCAUUAAAUAGAUUAAAAUAUCAUACAAAUUGAUGGAUCUGAUAUGAGAUGCUUAUUCUCAUCCAGGUGAAAUAAAGAGAUCAACCUCAAUGUCCUUUGUGGAUGGCUGUGUAGGAACUUGGCCCAAGGAGAAAAGGUUAGUGUCAUGUAGCAAGUCAAUUAAUGAUUUUUAACAGACAAAAUACUUUUAAAUAGGCAAUUAUUGUUUGGUACAUGAUUGUCAUAACGUAUUGGUAAAAAAAAGUGCAAUACCAAUAGCAUUUGACUGAUUGACUGACUGUUUGUUUUUGCCAGGUCUGGGCCUUACGGGGUAUCCUUCGACAUCCCUUUUGACAAAGACAACGCCCAGACGUCCACUCCCCCCGGCCGUGGCAUGACUCGCUCUACCAGCACAGAUGUCUUCAAGGUUCAACAGAUGCCCCGGGGCAUGAAGAGGAACCUGUCCUUCCAGCCCAUCAACGGGCAGGGUGUGGGCAUCGGGGAGGAGGGCCUCCCGGACAGCCUGGCAGGGCCCGAUCUGCCCAGACAGCCUGGCAGGCCUCAACCCCCUGGAGGCCCACUGAGGUUCCCCAACGGCGGCGCAACCCUGGACAGGCACGGAAAUAGCACCGCCACCCCCAGCAUGGAGGAAGCCCUUCAGAUCAUCCACAACACCGGUAGGCAGCUCCCACAGUGCUCCCUGGCAGAGGACAUCAAAAACGGGUUCUUCCUGCACAGUCCAAACCAGGGCAGAGGAGGUGGCGUAGUCGGCCUGGACCCUAAUGCUCGACCGGAGAACAGCGACCUGGAUUCAUUGAGCAUCAUGGACACCACGGAGGUGGACACGGGCAUCCACGUGAGGACCGAGGACAUCGCCGAGACCCUGGACGAGGACUCAUCGCUGAGGGAAGCUCUGAGCAUGGAACUGGACAUGGACACGCCCAGCCCCUGCCCGAGCAGCUCCGGCUACACCAAAUCUCCCUCCACCAGCUCCGGCACCAAGAUGACCAGCUUCGCCGAGCAGAAGUUCCGGAAGCUCAGUGUCCCCGAAUCAGGGGGAAGAAGCAGCAGCAGCGGGGGCGGCAGCUCCCUCAAGACCACCCCCGAGGGCUCAGAACUGGGCCUCCCGCUGUCUGUCUCCUGGGCACCCACUCUGGAACACAGCCCCGUCCAUCAACAGAGCGCGCCCCUCACCCAAGACCCUCCAACUGGGCCAGCCCAGGGCCCUCCCCCUAGUGACCCGGCCCAGGCCAUGGCGACGGAGAUGGUGGAGCUGCGCAUGCGCCUAGAGGAGAAGCGAAAAGCCAUUGAGGCGCAGAAGAAGAAGGUGGAGGCCGCAUUCACUCGCCACCGCCAGAGGAUGGGCCGCUCCGCCUUCCUGGACGUGGUCAAGAGGAAGGGUGAUGGCGCCUCGGGGGUAGGAGGACAGGAGGAAGGGGGGAAGACGACAACGGAGGAUGAGAGGAAAAUAGGGAGGAGCAAAGCGGACACACCCGACGGGGCUGAGCAGGGGCAUGGACCCUCCGGAGCCCGCUGGCUGAAAUCCUCCUCCUCCGGAGGAGGAGGAGGAGGAGGAGGAGGAGGAGGAGGAGGAGGAGAAGAGGGAGGUCAAGGUCCCGUCGGAGGUCAAGGACCCGGUGAGGUGGAUCUAGCUGAAUACACACGCUCCAUUGAGAAGCUGAACCACUCACUGGGCUUCCUGCAGAUGGAGAUGCAGCGCCUGGCCCAACAACAGGAGGUCAUCAUGGCCAUGAGAGAACAAAAGCAACAAAAGGCCUGGGUCAUCCCCCCUCCCCAGACCUCGCCCCAGAAAUACACCCGCACCUCCGCCCGCUCCUCCGACUCACCCUCCCCGGCCGACUCACCCCACUCCGCCCACCGCUCGCCCACCAGCAUCAAGAGGAAGUCGGCCUCCUUUCACUCACGGAACCCCCGCACGCCACGCCCCAGCGAGCUCAAGCUGGCCCCCUAUAACCGCUGCCUGACAGCGCCCCAGUCCGUGGACAGCCUCCCCCGCCUGCGCCGGUUCUCCCCAUUCCAGCCCAUGGCCUUUGCCUACAUGGGGGAGAAACCCACCGGUCAAACCACAGAGACCGAGGACAAGGAUAGGGACAUGGACACUGAACCCCUGCUAUCCCCAGAGGGAGAGGCUGGUAGUGCCUCCCCAGCCAAAGACAACCAGAAAAGACAAGAAGGGACCCGAGAGAUUGCCAAGAAGGAUGAAGCGGAGGAACAUGAGGAGAUGGAAGUAGAGGAGAAGAAGCAGGUGAAAAUGGAUGAGAUCAAACCCAUAAUAGUGUCGACUGUAUCUGAAGUGCUGGCCCAGCCAGUGAAAGAGACCUUUACGGUCACCCCCACCGAGACCCCCCUUAUCUCAGACCUCUUUGGCGGUGCCAGAAGCAACCUGAUUGAGGUGCCUCUGUACGUGCUCAAGCCACUUGAGGGAGAAGGCAUGGAGGAGAGUGGAGACAUGGAGGGGACCUAUGGCGAUGACAAAAAAAAUUCCUGUGGCUUUUUCUUUAAGGUAGGAAGUUAAAGAUACACGAUAGAAGUUUAGUUGCUAAUAGUUGUGAGUUAAUCUCUACACAAUAUUUAUGUCCAUUUAGGGGAACCCUUUUGGCUCAAGAGUACUCCAAGGCAAAAGUUCUUUACAGCCUCUUAAACAGUCAUUCUGAUUUCUAUGUAAAAUAGCCUUUUGAGUGACUAAAACAUCACCCAUAAUAUUUCUUCCCGAUAUAAAUGCUCAACAUUUUAGAAAAAGUAAUUUUUCUCUCAUGUCAAACUAUCAGGAAGUCUGAAAAGACAGAGUGAGUGAGCGGGGAGUUGGUAGGCUGAGUGGGCAGGGAGCUCACCUUGAAUGAUGGUUCUUUGAAAACACCUAUUCAAGCAACAUGCAGUGAGCAUUUUUGCACUGAGAUUAUCUCAAGCAAAUUUGCUAAUACACAAAGCAACUCAAACAACAGUUUCUGUCAUACAUAAAUUCAUGAUUUCACAAAUGAUUUGUUUAUCCAACUGUUUGGUUAUUGUAACAGUAUCAAUAUAGACAAAAUGUUGGCCGUAUAAUUUAGCUAGCUAGCCCAAAUGGAAUUGUCAGCACUGUUUAUCAAGCUAGCUAGCUAGCUAGUUCAUCUUGAACAAUUUCAGUUGAAACUUUACAGGGUAAGGUCUGGGUACAUUUCAAUAAAUAUAUAUAUAUUGACUGCCAAACAAUGUUCAUAUACUGUAUCAUGACUAUCAAUGAUGUCAAGAAGUAUGAAUCUCCCGUUUGGCAUGUCUCUUGAUGUAAUGACAUGACAACUGCAUCUGAGUUUUGGGCAACCCUUCCCCCGCUUUUGUUCCAUGCUGGCUGAUAGGGCCGGUUCCAGGCACAAGCGACAUAAGAGGCCACUAAAGCCUCGUUCACACUGCAGGCCUUAAUGCUCAAAUCACUUUUGUUUUUCAAAUCCGUUUUGGAAUACUGACUGUCCAAACAGCAAGUGACCAAAUCGGAUUUGUGUGUGUUCAGACAUUUGCUGAAAUGGCUGCGCUAGUUGUCAUAGUGAUGACGGGUGUGUGCACAGUGGUGUGGGCUGAUUGGUGGUGGUGCUCGUGCUUCCUAACACGAGCACCACCACAAGCUAAGGUGACAACAUUGCCUGCCAUGGAUGUUUCCCUGUUGCUUUGAAUGUUCAAAAUCAUAGUGUAAGAACACUUUUAAAGCUUCUCAGGAUAAGAUGAUCCAACUUUCAAAACUAUUCAUUUUUGGCUAGCCAGAGCACUCUAACUAGCUAGCUAGGUUUGUGUUUAGCUUUCUAGCACAUUCACUAAUUUGUUUAUAAGCUAGUUAGCUACCACGUCAUGUUCUUGUCAAACUGUCAACAGAGUAGCUAGCAAGCAACAGAUUUGACCAUUCAUACACAAGUCGCAUGGCCAGGAAUCAGAUUUGUAUCUGACUUCAAACCACCUACGAAGAUGGUUUGAAAUGUGGCUUGUAAUAUCCGAUUCUGUCAGUCACUGACAGUCACUGAAUUAGCCAUGUCAGCUAACAAUUGUUUGAUUGGUAGUUAGUCUAGCCAGCUUUCUAAACUUGUAUUAAUCAUGGCUGAAUACCGACCGGGCACGCAGGGCACGUGCCCAGGGGCCCUGACCUCCAGGGGGCCCCCAUUGAUUUUGUUAGUCAUUCUCACUCAGAUAUCAUAUUAACAUGGUAUAAGUAAUUGCAAAAUGUGUAGAAUUGCAGGAAAUUAACUUUAAAUCAAAACAAAUUAUCCACCUUCAAGAGGGGUGCCACUAAAAUGUUUUACUGUGAGGUGGGGGGCCCCCCAACCAAAUCUAUCUUAGGGCCCCUGGCAGAAGACCUAGCUAGCCAGUUACUAGCUAACACCAAACACAGAUUAAAGCAUAUUUUUGCCUUAGAUGAAUAGGGGAAACCUCUUAUUAUAUUUGCUGACACGCUGCAGUAACAUUUUGGCACCAGUAGACUAGCUAACUAGCUAUGUAAACAACGCCCCUCUGCAAACACACCUUCUGUGAUGUUGGUUACAAGGUGGUACUUAUUUAAAUGAGGUAAGAGGUUAAGACAUUACCAUUUGUGUUUUAAAAUGAGAGGCUUAUUGUGAUGUCACAAAAAGCCCUUCAUAAUCAUGCCUCCUGAAUUGAAGUGUUUGACAUGGGGGAUGGGACCAGUAACUUUAUGAUCAAACUUUAUCAAUGUAGAAGCAACAGUCAUUUUUCAUACUUUGGUCAUCCUACUUUGAUCUGGUUUCAUCCAAAUAUCAUCCAAUUUCAAAUCAAAUUAAAGUUUAUUGGUAACGUACACAGAUUUGCAGGUGUUCUAGCAGGUGCAGUGAAAUACUUUAUAUAAAUACGUGGUGUGUAAGGGAGAGUGGUGUAAAUUGAGCCAAAGUGGUAAGUUGAGCCACCCUUGUUUCUAUGAAACCAUACACAAAAUGAAUCAUUUGACCAAAUAUUUUGGAAGAGGUCAUCAUUUCAUGGAGUCUGUGAAGAAAAAAAAACACAUGGAAAAAUUGGUAAGACAAAAAACUGAUUUUUUUAUGAUGCUUGUAUCUAAUCAAAGUAGAUAAUUUUAAGAUUGUUCUAUACAUCAGUUGGGCUUUCUAUAAGCUACAAAUGAGGUCCUAAACCUAUCAUGAAAGUCAUCCUUGUAGCUGUGUCGGCUAAUAUAGUCAAAAUGUUUGCCUUGGGGUAAGUUGAGCCAAUGGCAAGUUGAACAAAUUGAAAGACAUUAUCGCUGGGAUAUGAGGUAACAAUAGGGCCUGGCAUGUGUUAAAAGUGUAAAAAAAAAAAAAGUACAACAUUUUUGUUAGGUGUUAAGCCUGUGUUAAAAGUUGCUUAAAAUUAUUAAAAGACAAAAAAGCUAUUGUGAUUAUGUUGAAUUGUGUUUGGGAAAUAAAAAUAGACAUGGUUUUAAAAAUGUAUUGGUAAUAUUUCAUUCAGUACAGAAAAGGCAGCUUUACUUACCCUUUCCCGCACUCAAUUUACCCCGUACCUGGGGUAAGUUGUGCCAAGAGACCACUUUUUUGUUCGGGACCUUUUUAUGUUUGGGAAUAAUCUCCAAAAUAAUAGCUAUUACAUUAGUGUGUUAUUUUAGCCAUUUCAUUAGUGUGUAAAUGGCAGAUUCUGGACAUUUGACUGCCAAGAAUGACUAUUGUCUUACAGUGAGGGAAAAAAGUAUUUGAUCCCCUGCUGAUUUUGUACGUUUGCCCACUGACAAAGAAAUGAACAGUCUAUAAUUGUAAUGGUAGGUUUAUUUUAACAGUGAGAGACAGAAUAACAACAACAAAAAUCCAGAAAAAUGCAUGUAGAAAAUUUUAUAAAUAGAUUUGCAUUUUAAUGAGGGAAAUAAGUAUUUGACCCCCUCUCAAUCAGAAAGAUUUCUGGCUCCCAGGUGUCUUUUAUACAGGUAACGAGCUGAGAUUAGGAGCACACUCUUAAAGGGAGUGCUCCUAAACUCAGCUUGUUACCUGUAUAAAAGACACCUGUCCACAGAAGCAAUCAAUCAAUCAGAUUCCAAACUCUCCACCAUGGCCAAGACCAAAGAGCUCUCCAAGGAUGUCAAGGACAAGAUUGUAGACCUACACAAGGCUGGAAUGGGCUACAAGACCAUCGCCAAGCAGCUUGGUGAGAAGGUGACAACAGUUGGUGCAAUUAUUCGCAAAUGAAAGAAACACAAAAGACCUGUCAAUCUCCCUCUGCCUGGGGCUCCAUGCAAGAUCUCACCUCAUGGAGUUGCAAUGAUUAUGAGAACGGUGAGGAAUCAGCCCAGAACUACACGGGAGGAUUUUGUCAAUGAUCUCAAGGCAGCUGGGACCAUAGUCACCAAGAAAACAAUUGGUAACACACUACGCCGUGAAGGACUGAAAUCCUGCAGCGCCCGCAAGGUCCCCCUGCUCAAGAAAGCACAUAUACAGGGCCGUCUGAAGUUUGCCAACGAACAUCUGAAUGAUUCAGAGGAGAACUGGGUGAAAGUGUUGUGGUCAGAUGAGACCAAAAUGGAGCUCUUUGGCAUCAACUCAUUUCGCCGUAUUUGGAGGAGGAGGAAUGCUGCAUAUGAUCCCAAGAACACCAUCCCCACCAUCAAACAUAGAGGUGGAAACAUUAUGCUUUGGGGGUGUUUUUCUGCUAAGGGGACAGGACAACUUCACCGCAUCAAAGGGACGAUGGACGGGGCCAUGUACCGUCAAAUCUUGGGUGAGAACCGCCUUCCCUCAGCCAGGGCAUUGAAAAUGGGUCGUGGAUGGGUAUUCCAGCAUGACAAUGACCCAAAACACACGGCCCUGGCCAAAGUGUGGAUUUGUUGUUAUUCUGUCUCUCACUGUUCAAAUAAACCUACCAUUAAAAUUAUAGACUGAUCAUGUCUUUGUCAGUGGGCAAACGUACAAAAUCAGCAGGGGAUCAAAUACUUUUUUCCCUCACUGUAAACAAAAGCAAAUUUGCUUUGGUUCUGUUGGCGGCCAUCUUUGUUUUUUGGAAGGAAAUACUCUGUUUUUAAUAUGAGAUGAUUCAUGAUUUUUUAAAUAGGUCAAGCCGAGGACAACAUGGUCUUUCCUGUUGUGGGGAGGGUAUCUAGCUAGCUACAGUCGUCUGUGCCUUUAUCUAGGUCAGGAAACUGGAGCUUGUAAAUAAUUCAAAUGCAGCUGCUGAGAAGUGGGUUCGUAGAGAUGUUGAGCUAGUUGUAGGAUAGUUCUGAUGAGGUUCACAUGCAAUUUUCAGCAUUCAGAUCAAAUUAUCAGAUUUUGCACAUGGUAUUGGAUCUUGUGUGCCAUAGUAAGAAAUAGUCGUCAGUAGAGGGGUGUUGCUAUUAGAGAGAGCACCGCUCCCAGUUUAGUUGUAAAGUUACUUAGGAAAUACACAGAGCAAGUGGCUUUUGGUCAGACUCAGAUUAAACCUAGGGCAGCCUACUCUUAGACUAAAAACCAUGUUCAAUUAAUAGUCUCCAUUGAAAGUGCUAGCAUGUUCAAAGAAAAGUCUCCACUAAAAGUGCUUUCAAGUCCAGAGUAGUAGGUAUAAUCUUGGUAUGUGCAGAUGCCCCUUUAAAUGUACCAGAAGAAACAACAUCUCACAUUAACCAGGGAAGUCCUGAGGGAUCCUGUAACUGUACAUCAUUGGUUAUGAAAGAAUACCACUGACUGUUUGUGUGUACCUGUCCCCAGGAUGACGGUAAGGGGGAGGACAACAUGGCUCAGAAAAGGGCUGCUCUCGUGGAGAAGAGGCUGAGGAGGGAGAAGGAGACGCAGCAGAAGAAGCUGCAGCAGGAGGCAGAGCUAGAGCAGAAGAAGGAGGAGGCACGGUAUGUAUUCAUACUCACACCCACGUACAGACACUCCCACUUGAGCUAUUUUAAAAGCCCCUCACAUAGUAUCGUGUUGUUUUACGUUAGUCAAUCAAAUUGUAUUUGUCAAAGUAUAUCAAAUGCUAAUGCAAUUAGCAAAAGUACAUUACUACUGAUUGUCUGGUAAUGUGCAUCAAUCAGUAUUCACAUACUUUGAUCAAUUGCAUACCAUCUGAUUGCUCCCGGUCAUAGUUUGAGAUGUUCUUGAUUCUUGGUCAUCAUCUACUAUGUCUCCUUUGCCCUCUCCACUUCCUCUCAGAGUAAAAGCAGAGGAGGAGCGCGUGAGGAAGGAGGAGGAGAAGGCCCGCCGGGAGUUCAUCAAGCAGGAGUACAUGAGGAGGAAGCAGCUCAAGCUCAUGGAGGACAUGGACACAGUGAUCAAACCGCGACUGGCCUGCGCCAAACAGAGGAGAGCCCGGCCCAAGUCCAUCCACCGGGACAGCAUGGACUCCCCCAGAACCCUGGCCAGGGCGGCAGGUAACCAUGGAAACCUCUCUCAGGGAUCACUGUUGGUGUCGUGUUGGUGUGGUGUGUCUGCCCAUGUGCCGCCCAUGUGCCGCCGUCUGGCGCCACAGCUAGCUUUGUGCCACUUGCGAUAAAACACUGUUUCUCUGCAGCUCAGCGUGGGUUCUUAUGGUAGACUACAGAGUGUACUAGUUCUGGUUGAGAUCUGCAUGCCAACUAGUACUAUUAAGAAAUUGCUUCAUUAUGAAAGCAACUUAUUUUCAAUUCAGUAGCUAACCCUGCCUGAUUUCUUAACUGCUUUGCCAAACCAAUUCAACCAAUUUGAUCUUGUAAUGCAAUGUGUAGCUUGAAUCGAUCUCUGAUAGCUUGGCAAGGACAUCUCAUUAUGCUAUGUGGGACUUUGGAAGGUUUCCAUGACAACCAUCAUCAGUCUUUGACUAUGAAAAGGAACUCAAAAUCAAAAUACAGAGGUGUGUGUGUUUGCACACAUCAAAUGAUGCUGCAGAUAGCUGUGACAAGGUGGGCACAAAGUACUGUGGACGGACUCGUGUUGUUGUUGUGGUCGUGGUGUAACGGUGUUGUCCCAUCUUGUGCAAAACUUGUGUUUCACAUCCAGGUUCACGACCUCGUGUUUUUUCAGUCUCCAGCUUGUCUCUGGCCUCGCUCAACCUGGGAGACAGUGACAGUGUGCACUCUGAGAAGAGAACACCAAGGUAAGAUUCCUUUCUAUUAACAGUAUAUGAAACACACUUCUGCAUACGCCUACAUGAAUUUCAUCUUAACAUUUAUUCUACUUUAAGGGGUGAAUCGUAACUUCGACUUAAGUUUCAUUUUCACUUAGUCAUGCAUUGAUGUCAAUGGGUGACCAUUUUACUUAAGUUAAAAAAAAAUCCCAAAAUGUUUAUUUAUAAUCUGUUUCAUUGAACUUGAGUAUCACUUCUGACCUGAUUUUUAACCCUCUCUCUAGCCAAUGGCUUUUAACCUAACAUUUUCUGUAUUCUCUACACAAUUUUUUCCUACCUACUAUCUCACUCUCUCCUAAUGUUUUGGAACUGUCAGAAGUGCUAGCUUACACUCUGGCAGUCUGUGCUUCUUUCUGAGCUCUCCUAAACUGAGAAGGAGAAGGUUAGUUCCUGUGUAGUAGUUUAACCCUGAAUCCACCUCACUGUCCCAGCUUCUGUAGCAUAAGAACGAGAGUUCUUAUGGGAAGUCUUAAGACACUGGGGCAACACCAAGUCCAGGGUCCUGUUCAUUAGGACACGCAAAGGAAAACCUUUUGCAACAGAAAACAAAAAAAGGUGUUUCUUAUUGGACAAGUCCAGGUAGUCCCCUCCCUGUUUUAGUCCGUUUUCGUUCCAUUUGGUGUCUAAUGAACACGACCCAUGUGAUGCUUCAUGGUCCCACCACCCCCCUUCAAUGUGACAGAGAUCUCACCAUCAACCCCUGCGUAAAUGCAUUUUCCCCAAUGCACUACACAGAACAAUUGUUCUGUUUUCCCUAUGUCACAUUGUCACUGCCUAUAUUCCUGCUGCUUCGUAACCUCUUCCCUAUGUUAAGUGUAUCUAGAUAAGAUGCUUCGAGAUAUAGGUGCUUGUAGUAUCUAUCCCUCAAGAACACUUGAUUGCGUCACAUUGCUUCACUGCUACCCAUGCUUGUAUGAGAGUAAAGAUAUACCCUUUUCACGCUAUCGUUCCGACCCAAACCAAAUUGUGCUGGCUCAGAUAUUUCGUUUACACAUUUUCCCUUUCAGUAUGGUUCCAGCAACUAUGGUGGAUGCGUAAUCAGGCCAGCUCAGUAUAGCUUGGUUUGGUUCAGUUGUUUGAAAAGCCCUUUAGAGAGCUUGAACUUAAGGUUUUGAUAAGCAAAGAACCGUAGUAUCCAAAGCCAAUCCCUGUUAGCGAUGUUCAAAUUUACUUGGGUACACACUGUUUGUACUGUGCACACAAAUAGCUUGUACAGUUUUCCCAUGGAAAGCGGGAAGUCCUUGCACAUCAUUCUAUAUGUGGUAACAAAACUGUAGUACCCAUGGAAAGAGGUGACCUAAGUGCCUGUGUCUCUCUCUCUCUGUGUGUGUGUGUGUGUGUGUGUGUGUGUGUGUGUGUGUGUGUGUGUGUGUGUGUGUGUGUGUGUGUGUGUGUGUGUGUCAGGCCUGAUUCUGCAGAUGGUUUUCUGUCCCCUUGUCGAUCUGGGAGCCGGAAUGGGGAGGACGAUUGGGAGAACGGUUCCACCACCUCGUCUGUUAAAUCCAACACAGAGUACACAGGUGGGUGAUCAACUCAUUACACACACCAGUGACACAUUAUUGUAUUAUUUUUAUUAGCUGUAUUAUAAUUCUUUGUGAUUGGCUUUGCUAACUGAGUGUACUUCAUGCUUUUAAGAUAUCUGAUUUGGGUCCAAUUCAUCAAUCUAAGCUGCUAUUAUAUGGGAUAGGAUAUAGGAUUAACUUUAAUGUCCCUGAGGGGGUAAUUGUCUUAGAGACACAGUACUGCUGUAUACAAAAUAGACACUGUACAUUCCACACUCACCAUAAUACAUAAAUUGCACGAUACCCAAUGGGGGGUUUAAAUGGGUUUCCAUCUCAUUUUCAACUCUUCUGAUUGUUUUGUCACCAAAACAAUUGUGUUAUAUAGCAAAUGUGCCCACUCUGUUAUUGCCUUAGCCAACAGCUCGCAGUUACAGUGCAGGUAUAGCCUACAUGAUGAGAUUAUUAUGGACAAAAGAGCGAGAUUAUUUUUAUUUGUCAAACGGCAGCCAAGCAUCGAUCAUCAUGUCACCAGAAUCAAGCUCAUCACCUUUCACCUUCAUCACCCUAUGAAAUUCAUCAUAAUUUCUCAAGCCGUAGUGGGAGGACACACAACAUGUCAUCGCAUUACUCCAAGAUUAUUUCGUUAUUAUAUCAAUAUUUGCACAUACAGUUGAAGUCGGAAGUUUACAUACACUUAGGUUGGAUUCAUUAAAACUCGUUUUUCAACCACUCCACAAAUUUCUUGUUAACAAACUAUCGUUUUGGCAAGUCGGUUAGGACAUCUACUUUGUGCAUGACACAAGUAAUUUUUCCAACAAUUGUUUACAGACAGAUUAUUUCACUUAUAAUUCACUGUAUCACAAUUCCAGUGGGUCAGAACUUUACAUACCCUAAGUUGACUGUGCCUUUAAACAGCUUGGAAAAUUCCAGAAAAUGAUGUCAUGGCUUUAGAAGCUUCUGAUAGGCUAAUUGACAUCCUUUGAGUCAAUUGGAGGUGUUCCUGUGGAUGUAUUUCCAGGCCUACCUUCAAACUCAGUGACUCUUUGCUCGACAUCAUGGGAAAAUCAAAAGAAAUCAGCCAAGACUUCAGAAAAAAAAUUGUAGACCUCCACAAGUCUGGUUCAUCCUUGGGAGCAAUUUCCAAACGCCUGAAGGUACCACGUUCAUCUGUACAAACAAUAGCACGCAGGUAUAAACACCAUGGGACUACGCAGCCGUCAUACCACUCAGGAAGGAGACGUGUUCUGUCUCCUAGAGAUGAACGUACUUUGGUGCGAAAAGUGCAAAUCAAUCCCAGAACAACAGCAAAGUACCUUGUGAAGAUGCUGGAGGAAACAGGUACAAAAGUAUCUAUAUCCACAGUAAAACGAGUCCUAUAUCGACAUAACCUGAAAGGCCGCUCAGCAAGGAAGAAGCCACUGCUCCAAAACCGCCAUAAAAUAGCCAGACUACGGUUUGGGGACAAAGAUCGUACUUUUUGGAGAAAUGUCCUCUGGUCUGAUGAAACAAAAAUAGAACUGUUUGGCCAUAAUGACCAUCAUUAUGUUUGGAGGAAAAAGGGGGUUGCUUGCAAGCCGAAGAACACCAUCCCAACCGUGAAGCAUGGGGGUGGCAGCAUCAUGCUGUGGGGGUGCUUUGCUGCAGGAGGGACUGGUGCAUUUCACAAAAUAGAUGGCAUCAUGAGGAAGGAAAAUUAUGUGGAUAUAUUGAAGCAACAUCAGUCAGGAAGUUAAAGCUUGGUCGCAAAUGGGUCUUCCAAAUGGACAAUGACCCCCAGCAUACUUCCAAAGUUGUGGCACAAUGGCUUAAGGACAACAAAGUCAAGGUAUUGGAGUGGCCAUCACAAAGCCCUGACCUCAAGCCUAUAGAAAAGUUGUGGGCAGAACUGAAAAGGCGUGUGCGAGCAAGGAGGCCUAUAAACCUGACUCAAUUACACCAGCUCUGUCAGGAGGAAUGGGCCAAAAUUCACCCAACUUAUUGUGGGAAGCUUGUGGAAGGCUACCUGAAACGUUUGACCCAAGUUAAACAAUUUAAAGGCAAUGCUACCAAAUACUAAUUGAGUGUAUGUAAACUUCUGACCCACUGGGAAUGUGAUGAAAGAUAUAAAAGCUGAAAUAAAGAAUUCUCUCUACAAUUAUUCUGACAUUUCACAUUCUUAAAAUAGUGGUGAUCCUAACUGACCUAAGACAGGGAUUUUUUUACUAGGAUUAAAUGUCAGGAAUUGUGAAAAACUGAGUUUAAAUGCAUUUGGCUAAGGUGUAUGUAAACUUCUGACUUCAAUUGUAAAAGCGUUUCCACCGCCAUUUCUUGCAUAAUUAAUUUUACCAACACAAAAAAAUCCCACCUUGUCUAGCAUAUUUUGUUUUGUCGACAUUUGGAAAGUUUACCGAUAAAUUCUAUCAGGCCUGUCGUGAAAUGUUUAUCAGACUUCACUCGCAUAAAAAGGUUGGAUGGAAAAGAGGUAGCCUAGCGGUUACAGCGUUGAGCCAGUAACCAAAACGUUGCUGGUUCGAUUCCCCGAACCGACAAGGUGAAUAAUCUAUCGAUGUGCCCUUGAGCAAGGCACUUAACCCUAAUUCCCCCUGUAAGUCGCUCUGGGUAAGAGUGUCUACUAAACUUAACCAAAUUUCAACAUAGAAAAAUCUUGUAUUAAAUAUGUUGAAUUUGUACCUUUUAAAACAAUGUCAUAUCUUUAACGUUAUAUCCACUAUCAGAAAAAAAAACAAUAGGCUGGGCAUCACCUCCUACUGGAGAAUUGAUCUAUCUACAGCUACCCUUUGGUCUCCCAUCCAGGGUUUUAACCAAGCUUACUUUGCUAUGAAAUUUGUCACUGACUAUUACCAAUGUGCUAUGGUAAGAAUGAUUGUUGAGAGAUCUCCACUUAUAAACUAAAUAGAUUCACUGUUGCUAUCAAAGUCAUUCCAAAGUGUAGGUUUUACAGAGCAAAUUAAAUGUGACCAUACUUUAUCACUCAUAUAUCAUCAAUGAUGCUAUUUAGGCCUAUAUAGCAUUUACAACGUCAUCAACAACUAUUGUUUAAUUAAACCUAGGAUUAAACUAAAAAUAGACAAUACAUAGGCCUAGGGUUUCAAGCUGUGGUUGAUUUCAAGUUUAAAGAUAUUUAGUGACAUUGAAAUGUGUUUGGUCAAAUAGUAACAUUUGAAGGAGAUGUAUUUUCUGCUUGGAUAGUUCCAUCUGUGCCACAAACUUACUCUGGCUUUAAUUCCAGUUUGUCUACAUUUAGUCCUAUUCUUUGUUGAUAUUUGGUUGCGUUCAGAGGCAUCAUGUACAUAGGGGGCACAAGGGCACGUUCCCCCCUCAGAUUUGUCAUUUUGUUUUGGCAUAAUGAUUAUGGCUCUAGAUUGCGGGAAAAAGCUGUUUCAGUUGUUUGAAAAAUGCUAUAUUCUCCAACAUCAGCCCCCCUCCGGACCCCCCCCCCAUCCACAUGUACUUCAUGUUCCCUAUAAUUGGUGCAUGACGCUCCUGGUUGCAUUGACAACCAAACACAAUUCAAUAUCUCUUUUGAAAUACAAUAAAUGGUAAAAGGUAGGCAUCAAAAUUAUUGACACCCCUAAAGAUUCUUAUAAAUAAAGUAGUCAAAAGUUUAGUAUUUGGUCCCAUAUUCCUAUCACGCAAUGACUACAUCAAGCUUUUGACUCUCCAAACUUGUUGGAUGCAUUUGCAGUUAGUUUUGGUUGUGUUUCAGAUUAUUUUGUGCCCAAUAGAAAUGUAUGGUAAAUCAUGUAUUGUGUCAUUUUGGAGUCACAUAUUGUAAAUAAGAUUAGAAUAUGUUUCUAAACACUUCUACAUUAAUGUGGAUGCUACCAUGAUUACGGAUAAUCCUGAAUGAAUUGUGAAUAAUGUCAAAGAUCAUACCCCUAAGACCUCCCCUGUUAUUUGUAAUGGUGAGAGGUUCGCAUUUCUUGGACAUAUGAUAUUUGACCCUCUUUGAUUAUCAGAACGUGACAUUGGACUUCUGUUAAGGACGCUUUCAUGAACAAGUGUUCAAUCAUGGCCAGCUGGUCAGGUUAGCAUAGGGCUAAAUGUGCCAGGUUAUCCAAUGGGAACAGCUAACAUGUAGCGUUUUAUCACAUGCAACUACGUCGGCGAUUUUAAUCAGCAGAUGCGCAUUUUAAACUGAAACCUUUUCUGAUGUUCGCAAGUAUGGACCCCCUGAAAUUGCCCUACCAUUACCUGGUUGCUAAAAUUCUAUAAUGUUCGCCUAAUUUCAGUUUAUGUGAGGAAAAACAAGCAAUGUAUAGUGCAGAGAAUCAUUGUAUCAUCUAAACCGAUGUGAAAUAUAUUUUCAAUAAGCAAAAAUAUUGUAUUGUCAGCUGUUUGAAACUGGUGUGCAGAAAUUGCUCUUCCAUUUCCUGGUUGAUAAAAUUCUAAUAGUUAGUCUAAUUUCAGUUUAUGUGACAAAACAAGCAAGUAUAGUGUAGACCAAAACCAAAAAUAUUGUAUUUUCAGCUGUUUGAAGCUGGUGUACAAAACUGAAAGUAAAAGAUGCAAAAACUCAACUUACAGUGGGGAAAAAAGUAUUUAGUCAGCCACCAAUUGUGCAAGUUCUCCCACUUAAAAAGAUGAGAGAGGCCUGUAAUUUUCAUCAUAGGUACACGUCAACUAUGACAGACAAAAUGAGAUUAUUUUUUCCAGAAAAUCACAUUGUAGGAUUUUUUAUGAAUUUAUUUGCAAAUUACAGUGAGGGAAACAAGUAUUUUAUCCCCUGCUGAUUUUGUACGUUUGCCCACUGACAAAGAAAUGAUCAGUCUAUAAUUUUAAUGGUAGGUUUAUUUGAACAGUGAGAGACAGAAUAACAACAAAAAAAUCCAGAAAAACGCAUGUAAAAGUUUUUAUUAAUUGAUUUACAUUUUAAUGAGGGAAAUAAAUAUUUGACCCCCUCUCAAUCAGAAAGAUUUUCUGGCUCCCAGGUGUCUUUUAUACAGGUAAUGAGCUGAGAUUAGGAGCACACUCUUAAAGGGAGUGCUCCUAAUCUCAGUUUGUUAUCUGUACAAAAGACAUCUGUCCACAGAAGCAAUCAAUCAAUCAGAUUCCAAACUCUCCACCAUGGCCAAGACCAAAGAGCUCUCCAAGGAUGUCAGGGACAAGAUUGUAGACCUACACAAGGCUGGAAUGGGCUACAAGACCAUCGCCAAGCAGCUUGGUGAGAAGGUGAUAACAGUUGGUGUGAUUAUUCGCAAAUGGAAGAAACACAAAAUAACUGUCAAUCUCCCUCGGCCUGGGGCUCCAUGCAAGAUCUCACCUAGUGGAGUUGCAAUGAUCAUGAGAACGGUGAGGAAUCAGCCCAGAACUACACGGGAGGAUCUUGUCAAUGAUCUCAAGGCAGCUGGGACCAUAGUCACCAAGAAAACAAUUGGUAACACACUACGCCGUGAAGGACUGAAAUCCUGUAGCACCCGCAAGGUCCCCCUGCUCAAGAAAGCACAUAUACAGGCCUGUCUGAAGUUUGCCAAUGAACAUCUGAAUGAUUUAGAGGAGAACUGGGUGAAAGUGUUGUGGUCAGAUGAGACCAAAAUGGAGCUCUUUGGCAUCAACUCAACUUGCACUGUUUGGAGGAGGAGGAAUGCUGCCUAUGACCCCAAGAACACCAUCCCCACCGUCAAACAUGGAGGUGGAAACAUUAUGUUUGGAGGUGUUUUUCUGCUAAGGGGACAGGACAACUUCACCGCAUCAAAGGGACGAUGGACGGGGCCAUGUACCGUCAAAUCUUGGGUGAGAACCUCCUUCCCUCAGCCAGGUUUUUGAAAAUGGGUCGUGGAUGGGUAUUCCAGCAUGACAAUGACCCAAAACACACGGCCAAGGCAACAAAGGAGUGGCUCAAGAAGAAGCACAUUAAGGUCCUGGAGUGGCCUAGCCAGUCUCCAGACCUUAAUCCCAUAGACAAGUGGAGGGAGCUGAAGGUUCGAGUUGCCAAAUGUCAGGCUCGAAACCUUAAUGAUUUGGAGAAGAUCUGCAAAGAGGAGUGGGACAAAAUCCCUCCUGAGAUGUGUGCAAACCUGGUGGCCACUUACAAGAAAUGUCUGACCUCUGUGAUUGCCAACAAGGGUUUUGCCACCAAGUACUAAGUCAUGUUUUGCAGAGGGGUCAAAUACUUAUUUCCCUCAUUAAAAUGCAAAUCAAUUUAUAACAUUUUUUACAUGUGUUUUUCUGGAUUUUUUUGUUGUUAUUCUGUCUCUCACUUUUCAAAUAAACCUACCAUUAAAAUUAUAGACUGAUCAUGUCUUUGUCAGUGGGCAAACGUACAAAAUCAGCAGGGGAUCAAAUACUUUUUUCCCCUCACUGUAUGGUGGAAAAUAAUUAUUUGGUCAAUAACAAAAGUUUCUCAAUACUUUGUUAUAUACCCUUUGUUGGCAAUGACACAGGUCAAACGUUUUCUGUAAAUCUUCACAAGGUUUUCACACACUGUUGCUGGUAUUUUGGCCCAUUCCUCCAUGCAGAUCUCCUCUAGAGCAGUGAUGUUUUGGGGCUGUCGCUGGGCAACACGGACUUUCAACUCCCUCCAAAGAUUUUCAAUGGGGUUGAGAUCUGGAGACUGGCUAGGCCACUCCAGGACCUUGAAAUGGUUCUUACGAAGCCACUCCUUCGUUGCCCGGGCGGUGUGUUUGGGAUCAUUGUCAUGCUGAAAGACCCAGCCACGUUUCAUCUUCAAUGCCCUUGCUGAUGGAAGGAGGUUUUCACUCAAAAUCUCACGAUACAUGGCCCCAUUCAUUCUUUCCUUUACACGGAUCAGUCGUCCUGGUCCCUUUGCAGAAAAACAGCCCCAAACCAUGCUUCACAGUAGGUAUGGUGUUCUUUGGAUGCAACUCAGCAUUCUUUGUCCUCCAAACACGACGAGUUGAGUUUUUACCAAAAAGUUCUAUUUUGGUUUCAUCUGACCAUAUUACAUUCUCCCAAUCCUCUUCUGGAUCAUCCAAAUGCACUCUAGCAAACUUCAGACGGGCCUGGACAUGUACUGGCUUAAGCAGGGGGACACGUCUGGCACUGCAGGAUUUGAGUCCCUGGCGGCGUAGUGUGUUACUGAUGGUAGGCUUUGUUACUUUGGUCCCAGCUCUCUGCAGGUCAUUCACUAGGUCCCCCCGUGUGGUUCUGGGAUUUUUGCGUGGAGCCCCAGAUCGAGGGAGAUUAUCAGUGGUCUUGUAUGUCUUCCAUUUCCUAAUAAUUGCUCCCACAGUUGAUUUCUUCAAACCAAGCUGCUUACCUAUUGCAGAUUCAGUCUUCCCAGCCUGGUGCAGGUCUACAAUUUUGUUUCUGGUGUCCUUUGACAGCUCUUUGGUCUUGGCCAUAGUGGAGUUUGGAGUGUGACUGUUUGAGGUUGUGAACAGGUGUCUUUUAUACUGAUAACAAGUUCAAACAGGUGCCAUUAAUACAGGUAACGAGUGGAGGACAGAGGAGCCUCUUAAAGAAGAAGUUACAGGUCUGUGAGAGCCAGACAUCUUGCUUGUUUGUAGGUGACCAAAUACUUAUUUUCCACCAUAAUUUGCAAAUAAAUUCAUUAAAAAUCCUACAAUGUGAUUUUCUGGAUUUUUUUCUUCUCUAUUUGUCUUUCAUAGUUGACGUGUACCUAUGAUGAAAAUUACAGGCCUCUCUCAUAUUUUUAAGUGGGAGAACUUGCACAAUUGGUGGCUGACUAAAUUAUUUUUUUCCCCACUGUGAGAACAGAAAGCAUAGAACUAGCACACAUUGCACAGAUCUACCGCUUCCUAGACUUGCUUUCAAUGACAAUUACAGAUCUAUAACUCACAUUUCUAUGUGAAUUUGGUCUGGUCGCCCAAAAAGUUACAUAUUGCAGCUUUAAGGCAGGGGAGAGUUGUUUCAGUUCAGGCUGUGUUGUUGCAAUUCGCCUAGUUUCCACAAGGGGGUUGCAUUUUACCAAGAGACCCUUUAAAGUUGGAAGUACCACUCUUAACAGGUUCAGUUUUUGUCACUCUGCACAUUGGUUGGGUAACAUGUUGAAUCUAAUGCCAUGAUUGCUCAGCAUUAAUGAUUAUGUUUUUGACUUGAGACAAUCAAAACAGAGGAGCGAAAUGAACUCUUAGCGAAAUUUCAGUCAGAAAUUAUCAGAUGAUGAUUGCGUAGUGGGCCCUUAGUCUAAAGAUUCCAUGAUGAGUAAUGUUAAGAUAAUACCUAUAAAUGAUUUACUCACAGACUGCUGGGACAAGUCAGAGGCCCCAGAUAGAAUGGUUGCUAUGACGACUGAUCAUCUUCCCUAUGUUUGCACAGGGCCCAAAUUGUACAAGGAGCCGAGUGCCAAAUCGAAUAAGCAUAUCAUCCAGAACGCACUGGCCCACUGCUGCCUGGCAGGCAAGGUCAACGAAGGCCAGAAGAGCAAGAUUCUAGAGGUAAUGUGUUCUCUACAAUCUGGUCAUUCUAUUUCUACGGUGUUGGUAGUACUUCAAUACAAUGAAAUAACAUCUCAGAUGAAUGUUUUCUUAACAUUAUAUUAAUUUGAUUAUGGUGAUGUUUACUAGGAAUAUGUUCAUAGGGGAUCUAUUUUUUAUGCAGCAACUGCUGGUCACCAAGCUAUUAUCAUUAAAUUGUUUACAUUUUAGUCAUUUAGCAGACGCUCUGAACAAGAGCGACUUACAGGAGCAAUUAGGGUUUAGUGCCUUGCUCAAGGGCACAUCGACAGAUUUUUCACCUAGUGGGCUCGGGGAUUCGAACCAGUGACCUUUCGUUUACUAGUCCAACCCUCUUAACCGCUAGACACGUCUGUUGUCUUCUAUUAUGCUGUAUGAGGACAAUGAUAAUUUAUUUGCUCCCUUUUUGCAGGAAAUGGAGAAAUCCGAGGCCAACAACUUCCUGGUGUUGUUCCGGGACGGGGGUUGCCAAUUCCGCUCUCUGUACACGUACUGCCCCGAGACGGACGAGGCCACCAAGCUGACCGGCAUCGGGCCCAAUCGCAUCAUGCGCAAGAUGAUCGAGGGCCUCUACAAGUACAACUCAGACAGGAAGCAGUUCAGCCAGAUCCCCGCCAAGACCAUGUCGGCGAGCGUGGACGCCAUCACGAUCUACGGCCACCUGUGGCAAACCAAGAAACCAGCCACCCCGAAGAAAGUGGUACCUGCCAAGUCCUAA